CUUUGCGUGAGACUCUUGUGGUGUUCUGUUAGAAUGACCCGUCGUUCAUCGAGACUUAAGUGCGUGAGCGUUACCUGGACUUGCUAGCACAGGGUGGUUCCAAGAAGCAGAGUAGUGUUGCUCUAGUGUCUAGGCCUGAGAGGAAGAAGGGUAGCAUCAAGAAACAACACAACAAGCCGAAGUCUAACUCUGAGUCUGAUUCAUCCCAGAAGAAGUCAUUUCAGGGGAAGUGUUUCAAGUGUGGGGAGAAGGGUCACAUGAAGAUCGACUGCAAGGCUCGCAUCAUCCCUCAUCCCUCCCAGACUGGAAAAUCCGAGGCCGACGAGGGUGAGAGCGGUGAGAAAUUUGACUUUCGCGAUCUGAUGUGUCUAGUUGCUGACAUCCCAGAGUACCUCAAAUACGGCGAUGACGAUGACUUGUUUAUUGCCUACAGCGAACUAGUGAUCCUAUCAGCGUUUGACCAGCUGAGCAGCAUGAUGUAUGAUGUUUCCGGUCUGAAGUGUCUAAUGACGUCGCGGGAUGAUUUGGUUAUGAGGGCUGUCAGCGAUGAUAUGAUCCUGAAAGCUGUCAACAAGUCUAGAUAUGUCGAGGAUUGGUAUGCUGACACCGGCACUGCUUUUCACAUGACUGAUUCCCUCUCUUGCAUGAAAGACUUGAAGCCUUGCCACAAAAGUGUGAAUGGGAUUGGUAGCGUGUCUUGUGAGGUAGCAUUCUCUGGAACGCUGGAGUUGGUGUUUGUGACUGCUGACAGUGAAUUUUCCGUGGAGUUGAAGAAUGUGUUGUACUCUCAAAACUUAGGGUAUAAUAUCUUUUCUCCGAGUGCAGAGUUUGAUGGCGAGUCAUGGAAUGGUCCUGGUGGUCCUGAUGGUGUGAUGACUGCUUUCAAUGGACAAGUAACCUUUCAGAACUUCGAUGGCAUGCUGAUUGCGUCUGCGUAUCGUCUAGGAGAAGCCUCUGUUGGCACGGUGUUGGCUGCUCUCACUCCCGCAAACCCCAAGCAUGAAACCACGAUGGAUAUCAACGAGUUCCACAACAUUUACGCUCAUUCGCACGAGGGUUUGCUUCGCACUACUGCAAAGCGACUAGGUACCAAGUUGGUUGGUGACAUGCAUGCUUGUUCAGGGUGUUCGAUGUCAAAGGCUAUUCGAAAAGGAAUCGUUAGAGAAACUAAACGUAGAUCGGAUAAAAAGUUGGGCAGAGUUUUUGUUGACCUGGGAGGAAGGAAGGACAUUGCGUCCGUAGGGGGUAAACAUUAUCCCAUGAUUGUGAAGGAUGAUUUCACGAGACGUACAUGGAUGUAUUUCCUGAAAAAUGAAUCAGACGCUGGUGGUGCAUUCCGGACUUUUCUUGCGAGUGUGCGUGCUAAUAUUGUCCCGUCAUUCGUUGAGAUUGUUAGAUCUGACAACGGAGGGGAGUUUUUCGGGGGGGAGUUUGCAUCUGUGUGCAAUGAGCUCUUGAUCAAACAAGAGUUCACACCGGCUUAUAGUCCGCAAUAUAAUGGUGUUGCAGAGCGUGGGCUGGGAUUGAUAGAAGAGGCCGCGAUGGCGGCUCGUAUUCAGGCUAAAGUUCUUUUUGGGCAUGUGCAGUUACCUAAGACUGAUAAACUCUGGGCUGAGGCUAUGCACUGGGCUUGCGAAGCGAUGAAUCACACCGCGUGUUCUGCUAACCCCGACUCUAUGUCGCCGUAUGAAAUGUGGUAUGGUGAACCUCGUCCCGCUAGACCGUAUCCGUUUUUGAAGCCAGCGUACUGCAGGUGGCAGCGACCGACAAAGCUGCUGCCGAAGGGUGAGAGUUGCUUUUAUGUCGGUCCUUCGAGAGACCACCCGCGUGAUUGUCAUAGAGUACUUACGAGGGCUAGGACUAUACAGAAAACGAGGGAUGUGACGUGGGAGGUGUUGCAGUCACAGCUCCCUCCACUGCAACCUUCUCUGCCAAUAGAGGUCGCAGAGGAGGGAG